AUGGAAAUUGCAGUUCAAAAGUUCAAAAAUGAAUCAACAAAUCACAAGCUAUAUCUUUACUUCCAGGACUCACAGAGGAGCCCUCUCCAAGUUGCCCGUGCUGCUGAAAAGUUGAUUGAAGAUAAUGAAGUGGAAGUGAUUAUUGGCAUGGAGAGAUGGGAGGAGGCAGCUUUAGUUGCUGAUAUUGGAAGCCAAGCUAAAGUUUCAGUUCUAUCUUUCUCGGCACCUGCCAUAAUACCACCAUUAGCAUCAUCUCGUUGGCCUUUUCUGAUAAGGAUGGCUCACAAUGAUUCUCAACAAAUAAGAUGCAUUGCAGCAGUUAUUCAAUCGUAUAACUGGAGGAGGGUUAUAACAGUUUACGGAGAUUAUGCAUAUGUUGGUGAUUCUGGCAUGUUAGCUCUUCUAUCUAAGGCUCUACAAGAUGGAGCUCUGACAAAACUACUAAGUGGAAAAAUACAAUCUCGGGUUUUUAUCGUGCUCCAGUCAGUGUUGCCUAUGAUGAUUCACUUGUUUAGAGAAGCUAAGACGAUGGAAUUUGCGGGGAAUGACGCGGUAUGGAUCCUUACAUAUACAGUUACAAGUGUCUUGGACAACGUUAACACUUCUGUUAUUUACUCUCGGGACGGUGCCCUAGGAAUCAAGAACUACUAUCAUGAAAAUACUAGUUCCUACCAAAAUAUCCAAACCCAAUUUCGGCAGAAAUUCAUAUCUGAGUAUCCGGAGGAAGGUUACUAUGAGCCUGGAUUUUAUGCUCUAAGAGCAUAUGACAGAAUCGCUACCAUCAUACAGGCCAUGGAGAGGACGUCUAGUAACAAUAGCAGUCCGAAAAUGUUAUUGAAUAACAUAUUAUCAACUAAUUUUGUUGGCUUAAUUGGCGAGAUACAAUUCAAAGCCGGUGAGUUGUCGCGUAUUCAUAUGCCAAGGAUUGUGAAUGUGGUUGGAAGGAGAUACAAGGAGCUAGAUUUCUGGACACCUGAUUUUGGAUUCUCAAACAAACCUGUGGUGACAAAAGGUGAAGCUGAAAAAAGUACGGAUUCCGUAAGGUUGAAAUGGACUGUGAAUUGGUCGGGAGACCUACAACGAAAUCCGAAAGGUUGUUUGAUGCCUAGUAAUGCAAAGCGGAUGAUUAUCGGCAUUCCUGGUAGGACAUCAUUUGAGAAGUUUGUGAAAGUAUCAACAAACACUGCCGGUAAGAAGAAAUAUGAUGGUUUCUGCAUUGAACUUUUCCGUAAGGUGCAAGGAGUUUUGGAGUAUGAUCUGCCGUUUGAUUUUGAACCCUACAAUGGCAACUAUGAUGAUCUGGUGGAUCACCUAUACAAUAAGACGUACGAUGCCAUUGUUGGUGAUGUAACCAUACUAGCCAACAGAUCAGAUAAAGUUGAAUUCACUCAACCAUAUGCGGAAUCAGGAUUGUCAAUGAUAGUUCCGGACAAGUCCGAGGAAUCAACAUGGAUUUUUAUGAAACCUUUUACAAAGGAAAUGUGGUUGGCCACUGGAUCCAUAUUGAUCUACACAAUGUUCGUAGUUUGGUUCUUGGAACAUCACACUAAUCCUGAAUUUAAGGGCCAGUUGAAGAAACAGAUAGGCACAGCUCUCUGGUAUACUUUCUCCUCUCUUUAUUUUGCGCACAGUAAGUGA